AUGCGUAAAGAUGAGCCUUCAAGCUAUAUUUGCACAACAUGCAAGCAGCCUUUUAAUAGCGCUUGGUUUUUGCUUCAGCAUGCCCAGAACACACAUGGAUUCCGCAUCUACCUGGAAACAAGCCCUUCAAACAGUUCCCUUACUCCACGCAUCACCAUCCCUCCUCCUCUGGGACCGGAGACUGUUGCACAGUCCCCACUGAUGAAUUUCCUUGGAGACAACAACCCUUUCAAUCUUUUGCGGAUGACAGGACCCAUCUUGCGUGAACACCCUGGCUUUGGUGAGGGUCGGCUCCCAAACACGCCUCCACUGUUCAGCCCACCGCCUCGUCAUCAUCUGGAUCCACAUCGCCUUAGUGCCGAAGAAAUGGGGUUAGUUGCCCAGCAUCCCAGUGCCUUUGACAGAGUUAUGCGUUUAAACCCCAUGGCAAUUGAGUCCCCAGCGAUGGAUUUCUCCAGAAGGCUUCGAGAGCUGGCAGGAAACAGUUCCACCCCUCCGCCAGUCUCACCCAGUCGCACCAACCCUAUGCAUCGCCUGUUGAAUCCUUUCCAGCCGAGUCCUAAAUCACCUUUUUUGAGCACCCCACCACUGCCCCCCAUGCCCCCCAGCAGCACUACGCCUCCCCAGCCUCAGGCCAAGAGCAAGUCCUGUGAAUUUUGUGGGAAAACAUUCAAGUUCCAGAGUAACCUUAUCGUGCACCGGCGUAGUCACACAGGAGAAAAGCCCUACAAGUGUCAGCUCUGUGACCACGCUUGCUCCCAGGCCAGCAAGCUAAAACGCCACAUGAAAACGCAUAUGCAUAAAGCUGGCUCCAUGACAGGCAGGUCAGACGAUGGACUGUCCACCACUAGUUCCCCUGAGCCGGGCACAAGCGAGCUCACUGGAGAGGGACUGAAAUCCAGUGAAGCAGAUUUCAGGAACGAGAGUGAUCCUUCCCUGGGCCAUGACAAUGAAGAAGAGGAAGAGGAGGAGGAGGAGGAAGAGGAGCUCGAAAAUGAGAGCCGGCCAGAGUCGAGCUUCAGUAUGGACUCGGAGCUGAGUCGUAACCGAGAAAAUGGCUCCAAGUCGCUGCCAGAUGAGAAAUCCCUUGUCCUGGGAAAAGUCAUUGAGAAUGUAAGUCUAGGUGCCAUCCAGCAAUAUAAUGACAUGCUAGCGGAAAAACAAAAGAGGAGUAGCUUCAUGAAAAGGUCUUCUGACCAACGAGACUUGUGUCCUCGAGACCUUUGUCAGAGAGAUCCAGGUGAUGAAGACUCUGUGGUAGGAGAGCUGGAUCGCACUGAGGAAGGGACGGUCAAUGGAAGAAACUUUGGACCGGGUGAACCCUUCCCAAACUUGUUCCCCCGCAAGCCGACGCCUAUCACGAGCCCCAGUUUAAACAAUUCCUCUAAAAGAAUAAAGGUAGAGAAAGAUUUGGACUUGCCACCAGCAACGAUAAUACCUUCUGAAAACGUUUACUCCCAGUGGCUGGUAGGGUACGCAGCAUCGCGGCACUUCAUGAAGGAUCCGUUCCUCGGAUUCACAGACUCCCGACAAUCCCCCUUUGCGACCUCUUCCGAGCACUCGUCAGAGAAUGGGAGCCUGCGUUUCUCCACCCCGCCAGGGGACAUGCUGGAUGGGGGGCUCUCAGGGCGCAGCGGCACGGCGAGUGGAGGCAGCACCCCCCACAUCAGUGGUCCUGGCCCCGGGCGACCCAGUUCGAAGGAAGGGCGCAGGAGCGAUACAUGUGAGUACUGUGGCAAGGUCUUUAAGAACUGCAGCAAUUUGACGGUGCACCGUCGGAGCCACACUGGAGAGCGGCCUUACAAAUGCGAGCUCUGCAACUAUGCAUGUGCCCAGAGCAGUAAGCUGACGCGCCAUAUGAAAACGCAUGGCCAGAUAGGGAAGGAGGUCUACCGCUGCGACAUUUGCCAGAUGCCCUUCAGUGUUUACAGCACCCUGGAGAAACACAUGAAAAAGUGGCAUGGAGAACAUUUGCUGACAAAUGACGUCAAAAUUGAGCAGGCAGAAAGAAGCUAAGGG